UGGGUAAAUGAAUGUCAGCCCAAGCUCCUGAUUCAUUGUCUUCCAGCCAGAAAGGAAGACCUCUGAAUAAGAAGAUUGGCAAGAAUACUGAUAAGCUUUUUACAAAAAUGAGCACAAAACAAAUAGGUUCAUUUGAAGGAAGCAACUCCCUCAGCCCGCAUGGAAGUCAGAAGAACCUGGAAUCUUCUGGAAGUUCAGGGUCUUAUUCUAAGUCUAAGACUAAUAGCAGCUCGUUCUCACAGAAUGGGAUAGGGAAUUCUAUUAAUAGGAAUCUUUCACUUGAGAGCACGAGCGAGCCUCCAGAAGCAUCAGUUAGUAAGAACCCUACCACUGAUCUCUUUAAAGAAUGCAUGAAAGAUCUUGAGAUGAUAGACUAUAACUACUGUCAUAAGUUAAUAUCUCAGAGUUCAUCAGAAAAAUUGCUGAAAGAUAUUUGUCCAUACACUCAAAAUUCUGUUUUGCAUGUUUGUUGAUUCAAUGGGCAUCUGGAAUUAAUAGAAAGCUUACUCAGGAAACAACGGAAAUUAAUAAAAACCUAAAAACUUAAACUCUAACACGGUUUUUCACUCUUUGUGCAAAAAUACGACAAGUUCAGACCAUGAACUAACUGUGAUGUUCCAGAUUCUCAACCAAUACAGGGUGAACUUGGCAUCCAAAAAUGAUGAUGGGAAAACCGGAAUUGAUCUCCUGAUAAAAAGGAUUAGAGAUAAAAAUCCAUAUGAUGGAAAUCUCCAGAGUGUCAGACUAUUAUAUGGAAAAGUGCUGGAUGUUAUCCCUCUCUCAUAUUAUAACAAAAUAAAGGAAAGCAAAAACUUCAUCACGAAGGAGCGUCUUCUUGAAAGUGAUCUAUCUGACAUCAGUA